AUGACACAUGCAGUUAUCAAUGACUACAUCAUUUCUCUCCUGCCCCUGAAAGAGAACGAUGUAAGGCGUAUAUACCACGUACCCAAAAACCCGCGAUACGACCCAGACACGGCAAUUGUUGAGCAGAUAGUUCUGAGUGUCACACCCACGCCUGGGGUGUAUUCUUUGAUAGGAAAUCAGAUCGGAAAAUCUGCUGCCGCUUCAGUGCGACCGAAUUCGCAGAUACAUCACCGUCCUCCACGCACAGUAUGCUUCCUGCAUCGUCCUUUCGAACUGGACCAUCGAAAUGUUCGCGGCGGUACGCUUGUUCUUUCUAGUCAUACAUCUUUUGAUGAGGUCCUGACAGUCGGUUGGAACCCGGUUUUGGCGGAGAGGCUGGGACUGAAUGUGCCAGGGGCAUCAUGCAUACAAGGCUAUAAAGGCGAUAUGGAGAGGAAGAUAGGGAUUUUAGGCGAGGUCUCAUUACCUCGUGCACAGCUCCUCCAUCAGACACAGAAAGAAUUCGGCGGCGUAGAGCUUGUGCUCGAAGGAGUAUCGGAUGAGACGCAUGUGGUCGCCAUCAUGAACGCCUUCAACGAGGAAGAAGUACAUCGCAUACUAAAUGAAGCUCGCGGACGCGGUUGGAUAGCGACAGAAGACGACGGUAGGCAUAUCCUUUACAUAACAGGCCAACCACGUAUAACUGGUUUAGAGGCAGCAAGAGCGCUUAGCAUGUCGGUUGCUUGUGUGGGUCACCGGCAAGCUGAGGAUUGGGGGAUCCGAUACAUUGCUGCCCAAUUGCGGCAUACCUUCCCUUCGAUUCGCGUAGAAGAGAUCUAUGAAGAAGCAAUACCUGCUAUCAGGAAGCCUAUUGAGCUUGUAGAAAAAUGA